CGACUCUGAAAGACAAACAACUAAACCGUGGCACAAAUCAAGAAUUAACCAGCACUAAUCCUGUUUUAAAGUAGAGAAGAAGAUAAGAGAAGAGAAUAGACAAGGAUGAUGCGUGUGUGUUUGUGUCUCUAAUGACGCACUGAGUGAAAUAAAAAUAAAGGACAGAAGCAGAUAAGACGGCAAAGAGACGGAACUGAACAAAAAGACACAUCCAACGGCUCAUAACGUCUCUCAAGUCAAAUCCUGGCCUUUGAUUGCGACACGUUUCUCUCUCCGACAAACCAUAACCAAGCGUUUUGACAUCCGUACUUUCUUCUCUCCAUCAUCUCUGUUUCACCUUUUUUCUUCUUCUUCUUCUUCUUUCAUUUAAUCUAAAAUGUAAAAUGUUGUUGGAUUCAUUCUUCAUUCUAGGGUUUUCUCUAUUUAAUCACUUCUCACUUUCGCUAUAUAGAGAGAGAAGUAAAGCAGCCGACACAUGUAUGCUUUGCAUGAAAGAGAGAACUCUAGCACACAUGAAUUGGCCCCAACUCCUAGCUUCAAAAGAUGAGUCAAAGUUAUGCAGAUUGCACUUGAAUCCAUGGAAUAAGAUAAUGGCGAAAAGUUUGGAGUUGAUGUGCUCAAAAUUUUGGGCAUUGUAGCUCCUAUGUAAGUUAUGUGGAUAUGUAUGAUUCUAAGGUCUUUUAUAGAUGUGUGCAAUCAGAGAGGGAUAAUCACUUAGAGUCUAGAGUUAGAGAUAAUUGGAAGCGAUUGAAACUUAUGUUAUGUGGUUUGACACAUGACUAAGUAUAGGUUAUCUCCGAUUGUUGUGGUGAAGAAAAUGAUUAGUCUGUAGCAUAGAAAGUUAUUCUACCACUAAAUUCUAGUUGGGUCUUGAUUCUUGACUAAUAUGUUAGAUGAAUAAUUGAAUAAUGGAAUUUUGAAAUAGUCAAAUGAUCGAAUAAGGGAUGUCUGAGUUUUGUAAAAUAGACAUUAAACGUUCAAGAACUGGUUGUAGUUAGUUUAUAAUGCUUCGUUUUAUCUAGUUAUAAUAUUAGUUCAUUCAUUGCGGUAAUCAAUUUUAGAAAAUGUGAAGAUUUGAGUAUUUUUUUCACUUUGGUAUCUAUGUACUAUGUUGUUGGAAUAAGAUUAUACAAAUUGAGAAUUCUCCCUCCCUCUAUGCGUAUGUGUGUCCUGUAAUCUGUAUGCAUGUAUAGUUGUUGACGUUUUUUAUUGAUAUGAUGACUCACGUAUUUGUUAAAAGGAUAUGGAUGUAUAUUUUGUAUUCUUGUAUAAUUGUUCAAAGGACUGAAACUAGAACACUAUGUACCUUUUGGAAUGUCAUGUUAUGAAAAAAGUAUUGUCUGUCUUUGUCUCCA